GUUGAAGAUUUUGAGCUCUAUCCUGUAAUUUAUCGGGUGGUACUUUGUCUAUUGUCGAGGAAUCGUAGUCCUUUUGCUUGGAUUAAUCGUGGGUAUUCGUAAAUGUUCAUGCUUUUGGUUUCUAAGUUUCGGGUCUCGAACUUGUGAGUGUGAAAAGAGUUGUUGGUUUCUGGAUUCCCAUGAGAUGUUCUCGUCUGAGGUGAUCUUUAUUAGCCUACUGUUAGCUCUGUCGUUUAAUUUCGAAUAAAGUUUUCAGCUUUGAUCCGAAAUUCGCCAUCUUUAAGGAAAUAUUAAGGGUUCCAUAGGAGUGCGUUGAGCUGUAGUUGGAUAGAAGAAGGCAGGUCUCCAUGGCAUGAUUUGCGAGGAGGACUUGGUUCUGUGAUAAGGAAAAUCCAUUAUGCAGGAGGGUGAAAUUAGGGAGCAAAUCGACCGAGAACCUGAAAAGUUUUCAAUUGGGGAGACAGGGUCUAUGCUAAGUGCGCCUUUUGCGAAGGCAGGAAGAAAGAUAGCGAAUAGGAGAAAAAACAAACAAAAGCGGAAAACCAAUGCGGAGAAAAGUGGUUCAAUUUCAUCGAGAAAGAAGGCUUCUGGUGCAGCAUUCUCCAGCGAGAAGAAAUCUUCAAGGGUCCAUAGCAAGGAUGCUGAUGGGGAAGGGAAAGCUAAGAAAGCAAGGAAGAGGAAACAAAAGAGGCAACGGGGCAAGGUCGAGCCAGAUGAAGGAUUGCGGUUGCAAAGGCGGACGAGGUAUUUGUUAAUUAAGAUGAAGCUGGAGCAGAAUCUUAUUGAUGCUUACUCAGGAGAAGGUUGGAAAGGUCAGAGCCGAGAAAAGAUCAGGCCAGAUAAGGAACUUGAGAGAGCGAGGAAACAGAUCUUGAAGUGCAAGCUUGGAAUACGUGAUGCGAUUCAUGAGCUGGAUAUGCUCAGUUCAGUGGGAAGUAUCGAAGAGAAAGUGAUUGCUCCAGAUGGAUCUGUUCAUCAUGAACAUAUAUUUUGUGCAAAAUGCAGUUCAAGAGAAGCCUUUCUAGACAAUGAUAUCAUACUUUGUGAUGGGACCUGUAAUCGUGCUUUUCACCAGAAGUGCCUCGAACCUCCUCUUGAGACGGAGAGCAUACCUCCGGGGGAUCAGAGCUGGUUCUGCAAAUUAUGUAUAUGUAAGAUGGAAAUUAUAGACUCCAUGAAUGCACACAUAGGAACUCACUUCCCAGUGGACAGCAACUGGAAGGAUAUCUUCAAAGAAGAAGCUGGUCAUCCAAACGGGUCAGAUGGUCAACUGAAAAAUGGAGAGGAUUGGCCUUCGGAUGAUUCUGAGGAUGAUGAUUAUGAUCCAGAAAUGAGGGAACAAGGCAGUGACAUGAGUGGUGUGGGCAGUGGUGGUGAUGAUGGUGAAAGCAUUUCAACGAGCUUGAGCUGGUCUUCAGGUGGUGUUGCGCUAUCUUCAGGGUCUGGGAGAUGGGGAUUGGAAUCCGAUAAUAUAAGUCAUGCAGUUGGCCAUAGGGUGGAUUCAGGUGAAACCAGUAAUGAAGAUAUUGUAUGUGGUCCAAGACAGCGGAGAGCAGUGGACUAUAGGAAAUUAUACGAUGAAAUGUUCGGAAAGGAUGCUCUUCUUCAUGAGCAGUUUAGUGAAGAUGAAGACUGGGGUCCCAAGCACAAAAGGAGAAGAAAAAAGGAAUCCGACGCUGCAAGUACACUUGUAACUCUCUUUGAAAGUAAUGAGAAAGAUCCAAAUGUAGAAACUACUAUGGAGAGAGAAAGGCUCUCUGCGGACAUUAAAGAAAAGCCAGCCUCCAGACUUCCCAGAGAUGCGGUUGAGAAGCUUCGUAAGGUGUUUACUGAGAAUGAACUUCCUUCAAAAAGUGUGAGGGAUAAUCUUUCAAAAGAGUUGGAUCUUGAACCAGAUAAGGUCAGUGAAUGGUUCAAGAAUGCCCGUUUUAUGGCAAUGAAGAGUAGGAAGACCGAGAGCACGAAACCAGCUCAUGGUUCUACUGUAUUGUCUGAAGGUCCUGAACCUGGAGCAAUCCACGAGAAGCAUGAAGAGACAAAUGAACCGAGGAAUACAUUUGUCGAGACUGUCUCAUAUGGAUCAAAAGAUCUGGAAAACACUUCCCUUUCCAACAGACAGAAGAGCAGUGAACAGGUUGCUGGUCAGGUUGGUGUUGACAUAAGCCUGAAGAAGCAUACAGAAGAGAAGAACAGAGAGGGCAAGACCACUGAACAUAACCAGGAAUUUGAAACAGAAAUGGAGAGGCUUUGUAGGACACAAAACAAGAUACAGGACAUGAAGUCAAGGUUGUCAAGAUUUAGAAGACAGAGAGGUCGGAAAAAGUUAGGCAAGUCUUCUUGUUUACUUGAAGAAAACUCAAUAGUGUAUGUUCCAAUAGCAGAGAUCAAGGAAAAGGAGCUUGAUGCUGCAGUGUAAAACAUGAGCAUACCCCAUGUUUGGGUGAUGGAUAUACAUAUAUAUACCCACACAUAGAUGCCCUCUUGCUUAUGUAGUUUUCUCUUGUUGUAGUUGUACUGUAACAUUUUUGGAACUUCAUUUUAACAUAGAAAGGCUCUGUGUUGUAGACAUU